AUGGAUUACUCGGACGGCAGUGCAGGGGUGAGGAGAGCUGACGCGUCACGACCUGUAUCCAGACGGGGGCAUAGAGAACAUUCUAAUAUAGGGUCGGCGGCUUCAAGAAGCAGCACAAUGAGACCCAAUUCAGCAUUCCGAGUCAACACAGCGUCGCGGAUUUCGACAGCUGGCUUUGGACCAGCUCCACCGACAGCUGGUAGACAAUCUACCGCAAUGACUGGGUUUUCUAUGAUUGACAGGCCUAUAACCCAACAAGGUAUAUCUGGAUUACGUACGGGAACAGCAAGAGGGUUCCGAACCCGACAGCUGCAAGACAAACGUUAUUGGGAAGAACUUAUGCAAGUUAAAGUACGCGAGAUGAAGGCAGAGAUAGCUAGGUUGACUGAGCAAGCUGAAGCUGGUGAGAGAGAAAAGUCCGCGAAAAAACAUUAUGAAAAGAGAGUUAGAGAGCUCGCACAAGAACUAACAGAUUUACAAGGACGUUUAGCAGACUACAAUACUGCUAUUCGCAUCGCCAAUGGUGAGGCUACGAAGCAGUCAGUAGAAGAACAGACCAAAGACCUUGAAGCUAGUAAUUUGAAAAUGCAAGAAGAGGUGGAGCAAGUUUUCAUGGAGAAACAGAGGAAGGAAAAUCAAUUAAGACAACUGAGGGAGCAAAUGGAUAAGGAACAAUCAACAAUAACUAAGCUUCUUGCUGAAAUGACACAAGAGCAAAAAGAUCAAUACAAUGAACUGGAAGCUACAGCCGCUGCGUUGAGAGAGGAGGUGGAACAAGCUAGAACCCAAAUAGAUCAUCUGAAUAGAGAAAAAGAGGAAUUCAACAAAGAAAUUUCUGGAUCUCAGAUUAAAGUUCACCUUCUGGAGCUUCAUCGUCGAUUAGCGGCAAGUGAAGAAAAACGUGAUAACAUUAAAAACGAAAUGAACAAUCGUUUAGAUCCGCAAGAAGAGAGAGAAAAAUUAUUACUGCAGGUUCGUGAAGAUAAUGCUGCCAUUGCAGCUUUAGACAGUAAUGCAGCAAACUUGAAAGAGCAAAUAAAGAAAGUACAGGCGUUAAUAGAGCAGGCUGAACAAGAUCUCGAAGAAGGUAAUUCUGAUCGCCACCAAAAAUAUCGUGAGUUAAAGAAAAGAGAAGAAACAAUUGACGCUUUCAUGUCAACAUACGAGGAAAAUCUCAAAAAGGAGAAAGAUAAAAUAGAGCAAUUAGAAAAAGAUGUUGUUUUUGCUUUAGAGCAUAGCAGUUCUAAUAUAGAUUUGGAUUUGAGUGAAAUAGAUUCGCUGAAACAAAAAGAGGGCUACAUCUCACAGUAUGACGAUAGUAAGAAGUCUAUUGAUACGCUGACUAAGGACUACGAGAGAUUCCAGGGCAAUUUGAAAAAGGCUGAAGCUACAAGAGAGAGAUUGGCAACUGAACUACAAACACUGCCCGAGAAAACUAAGGUCAUGAAAGAAGAACUCGUCACACUUUCUGAUCUAGAAAAGCUUCGAGAAAACGGUGAAGAACAGAAAAAAGUGUUGGAGACUGAGCUACACCAGUUAAGGGAGAAAUUAGCACCGACUGAAAGUGCCGUCAUAGAGGCUAAUAACAAGCUGAAAAAACUACAGACGAGUCUGGAUGGCAACGAGAUGUACGCCAAGUUAAAUGCUCUGGAAGAUCAACUCGCACAAUUAGAGACUCGAAAGACCGUGUUGGAGGAAGACAUAGCGUCUAUCACUAUGAAAGCUGACUACGAACCUUUAAAGAAACAAGCCAUGGACGAACUGGCUUUGUUGAAUAAAAGGAUAAUCGAGGACUUGAAAAAUAUCAAGUCUUAUUAG